AUGACCGGAUCAUUGAGCCUUAUCGACGAACAGCGCCUGUCCGUUGAAGCUCCGAGCUCCGUAUACCCAGAUCUCGCACCCUACUCCUCUGCUGCUUCAUUUAACCUUCCGGCGCACUGCGACUCCUCCCUGCUAACUCCCAACUCGACUGCUGGAUCGCCUCUUGUGCUGCCGGGCUCGGAAUUUCGGCCUCAGUACCCUUCCCCAGGAACCCCACACAAGGAGCUCACCCCCCCAGAUUCUACCAGCAUGUAUCCGUUCCAGAACCAAUUCGAAAUGAACAGCCAAACAAGCCAGAGCGGCUCUCCAAUGACCCAGCCCACGUCCACUCCUGGUGAUUUUGGCGAGCCGUCCUACGUAGUUGUAGACGGCCGACGGACCCCCAACCCUCCCACCGAAGCAUACAUGGGUUCCUUCGGCGUCUCAGACGGCACACUGCCCCAUGGACUACAGCACCAAGGCAGCCCUUUCUACAUGAUGCAGAAUGCGCAGCCUGUAGACCACUUGUUGAGGGACGACCACUCCAUUCCUCUCGAUGUUCCACGCAACAUGACUCGCUCAUUGCCUCUGCAUUUCCACAGCAUCAAGUCAGAGCCUCGAGACGGCGACGAACCACUUUUCUCCUUGAGGUCAGGCGGCACCUACCCGCCUACCGGAUCUCCGUCCAGGCACUCCCGUACGGCAUCUAGGGUCCGUAGCAGAAAACGGAGCGCAGCCAGCCGCAGGUCUAUGCCAACACGCCCCUUAGUCCAGGCACGCGAGCCCGUCGAGGAGAACACAAACUGCCACGGAGAAGAGGUGCCGCCGCUUUUGAAAGACGGCUGCCCGGCUGAGGAAAGGUGCAUUUUUGAAUCGCGCUGGCGCCAUCGACACCAGAAGGGUCAAGACAUGUGGAACAGUGUCAUUAGGGACCAUGCUAAAGCGUUUGGUUCCAAAGCCAUCACGAAGGAGAAGCUGCAGAUGAAGUACAAUCGCGGUCGGUCUAGGUGGUACCAAUGGCUCGAUCAUGAUGAGAACCUCCUUCGUCAAGCCUGGUGGAUUGUUGAGAAAGAGCGAUACCAGACAAUCCUCAACAAGUUCGUUGAACUUGGCGGCUCCCGCAACAUGAAUGCGAGCGAAAAAGAUAUCGAAGCAAAACUCGUCGAAUUGAACCUUGAACAGGAUAUUUACAUACAGCCGUUAGAUGACAGCGGCGUUCGCAGGCGGCGCAAGCUGUCAGAGAAGGGCAAGCGAUACUUUGAGCAGUCGGAAAUUGCCCACGGGAUCCCUACCCACGGCUUCCAGAAUACGCGCCACCAGGAUGAAGUCAUCCACCAGAUUCAGAUGCAACCGCAGUGGGAGCAUGGCUCCCUCAUAACGCCUGAUUCCAUCCAGGUUCAGGUGCCCGAGCGCCGUGCUGUCAAAAUGGAACCUGGUGCGGCAGCCCACACUCGUGGCGCAUUUGACCGAGGGAAGAAAGAAUGA